UCAUCUCUCCGCGCCGCCGCCGGGAGUUUGGUCCACACGUAAUGGCGGCGCGAAGCCCAGAGGGAAGAUGCUGGCCGGUCCCUGGCAGUGAGCGAUGACCCGACUCCUGGUCGCCGUGCAGAGAGUCGCUUUGGCAGCCGUGCGCUGCAGCAGCGGCAAGCCGGGCAUGUUCUACGCCGUGAGGAGGGGCCGCAAGGCCGGGGUCUUCCUGACCUGGGACGAAUGCAGAGAGCAGGUGGACCGGUUUCCCGCUGCCAGGUUCAAGAAGUUUGCCACGGAAAAGGAAGCCUGGGCCUUCGUCAGGAACUCUGGGAGCCCCCAAGAUUCUCGAGGGCAGAAAGAUGGAUGCGCACAGGAACCGAAAGCGAAAGCCAGCAAGCGCCCCCGGGAGCCUCUGGCCGCCGGUGAAGGGGAGGACUCGGAGCCGCAUGCAAAGCUCGGGAAGCCGGCCCCGGGGCCCACGGCACCUGUCGGCAAGGAUUCCUUCUCUUACAUGGGAGAACAUGUCAUCGUCUACACGGAUGGCUGCUGCUCCAGGAACGGGCGGAGGAGGGCGCGCGCAGGGAUCGGCGUUUACUGGGGGCCCGGCCACCCGCUAAAUGUAAGCAUUAGACUUCCUGGACGACAAACCAACCAACGAGCGGAAAUUCAUCCUGACGCCCGACCUUCUCUCCCAGGCGGCCUGCAGAGCCAUCGAGCAGGCGAAGGCUCAGAACAUCCACAAGCUGGCCCUGUACACGGACAGCAUGUUCACCAUCAACGGCAUCACUCACUGGCUGCAGGGCUGGAAGGAAAACGGGUGGAGGACGAGCGCCGGGAAGGAGGUGAUCAACAGGGAGGACUUCGUGGAGCUGGACAGGCUCGUCCAGGACAUGGACAUUCGGUGGAUGCAUGUUCCCGGUCACUCGGGAUUGGUGGGCAAUGAAGAAGCGGACAGACUAGCGAAGGAAGGAGCCAGGCAGCCUGAAGUCUGAGCGGAGUCCUGGCUGCGCCCGGAGACCUGGAGCCGGUGGCUGUGCCGUGGCCCCUGUGAGAAGUGGAGUGUGGGCGAUGGGGCCCCUGCCGCGUGGACUCGGAAAGGCAACUGGGUCCCAGGACUCCAUGUGGAAAAGCUGCUUCAGCGUGCUGUGGACUCAGUGUCCUCGGAGACCUAAGACGUGUUCAGCAUUUCAGCAUUGUGCUGUUCCGGGCUUGCUGCGGUUCUCAUUUGUUUCGUCGUAGUCGGCACGGGAACUUUCGGCUUCGUGCACUAAGGAUGUGCUGAUAAAAGGCUGGUUAAGCCGUGCAGACAACCCUGGGUGUGUCUGGAAGGUUCAUCUCCCCGCCACUUGGCAGGACCAAGUCCCAGGACUUGGGGCUUGGCCUGGAAGGAGGGGCUGGGCCUCACCGGGCUGGGCGCUGGGCGGACAUGCUCGCACGCGGCCCCGGUGCCUGACUGGCCUGUAGGGUCAGUCCCACUUACCAGUAUGUACCAAUAAAUCCUUCAAACUUG